ACGGACAGUGUUCAUAUACGGCGCUAGUGACGCGAGCUGCUACUCUGACUGUCAAUAAAGCAGCUUUCAGAAGAGGUUACACAGUAGACCAGUAGAAGACAGACAUCAAAAUGAUUAUCAUAAUUGAGGAUAAGUCUGCCUUUGACAAUGCUCUGAAAAUCGCCGGGAACAAGUUGGUGGUGGUGGACUUCACAGCCACAUGGUGCGGGCCCUGCCAAAACAUCGCUCCAAUCUUUAAAACGCUGUCUGAAAAACAAGACAACGGAAAUGUUGUGUUUCUAAAGGUGGAUGUGGAUGAUGCACAGGAUGUGGCCACUUACUGUGACAUCAAAUGUAUGCCAACAUUCCAUUUCUACAAGAAUGGAAUGAAGAUUGAUGAAUUUGCUGGAUCAAAUCACACUAAGCUGGAGGAGAAGAUCAAUAUGCAUAAAUGAAGAAAAACACACAAAAACAAACCAACCAUUGUAAUAACUGAUAUAUCAUUCUUAACCUUUUAACUCAUUCUAAUUUUGUCUGCUACAUUUAUAUCCUGUUUUAUUUUGGUUUAUUUUUGUUGGGUUUGUAUGAAAUUAAAACAUUAAUAAGAAAAUGAGAAAAGUUGACUUUUACAACGUUCUUGUAUUGUGCUAGUUGUAUCAAAUUGUAUACGUCAAAUGUUUAUUAGUCAUAUGAGACAAGCAAGUAGAACAAUCUGAAAGUUUAAUUGAGAAUUCUUCAUAAUUAACUGUGGGAAUGAGAAUUACAGUUGGUUUUCAUAUAGUUGUGUUUUCAGUUUUAAUAAAAACAUGAAAAGAAUAGUUUA